UCCUCCUCCUCCCCGGAGCUGCGAGGCCGGCAUGGCGGCGGCGGCGGCGACGGGCCCGGGCGCGCUGGGCGCCCGGGAAGCGGCCGAGGCGGCCCGCGCGCUCUCGCUGCCGGCCGAGGCCUUCGGGAACGACCCGCGGCUGGAGGCGGCCUGGGCCGAGCGCGCCUUCCAGCACGCCCAAGUCUACUUCCACCUGCUCUCGGCCGCUGACCCCGCGGGGCUGAGGCUCACCCGGGCCGACGACCGGAUCUACGCCGCCUUCCGCCGGAGCUUCCCCGACCUGCGCGUCGACCUGCUGGACGUGGAGGCGCUCAAGUCGGAGCCGGCCAAGGAGAAGUGGCGCCCCUUCUGCCUGCAGUUCGAGGGGGCGGUGGAGGACUUCAACCUCGGGACCCUCCUGCGCCUCGACUGCCGCCGCGGCUACUCGGAGGAGAACUCCGUGCUGGCGCCGCGCAUCCAGUUCCUGGCCAUCGAGAUCGCGCGCAACCGCGAGGGCUGCAACGGCGCCGUGUAUCGCAGCGCAGCCGCCGCCGCCGCUCCAGAAGCCGAGCCGGACCCGGCCGGAGCCCGCUGAGCGCCUCGCCGGACCGGACCAGAGUCGUGCGCGGAUCUCCGCCCCCCGCGGGUGGCCUGGGACGGGGGCGAGCCUCUCUCCCUCCCGGCCCUUCGCCUUUGUACGGGCGGCCCCCGGAGGUCGCCCCGCACCCC